AUGAACCAGAUGAAUGGCUCAGACGUGCCGUUUGCUGGAAACUGCGUCCUCCAAUACACAGAGCGGCAAACAAACACCGUUUCAGGAUAUGCGCAGUCUCACACGAACGACCAUGUAUUCGCAAAUGAUAGGUCUCCAAGCGCAUCCGAAAUGGAGAGGGAGCUUUGGGGGGAGGAGGUGGAAGAUUGUGGCAAACGUAGUUACAACUACAAAGCGCACUCGGAAACGCAUGACCAACGGCGGGAAUACCCGUUCCACUGCGAAGUCAGUGGCUGCGACAAGAAGUUCAAUCGGAAGACAGAUCUUCAUCGACAUCAUCAAAGUGUGCACAUGAAGGAACGUAACCAUGGAUGCACGUUUUGCGGUCGUCUCUUUGCACGCAAGGACACGUUACGAAGUGCACCACAGGGGCCAAGCACGGAAGAGAGAUAA